AUGGCGCCUUCAGCAGGCCACCUGCUGCUUCCUAAAAUUUGGAGAGCAGCAAGGUUUGCCUACGCAAAGGCUUCCAAGGCUAUACGCUCCAAAUUACCAGAACCCACAGAAUAUCAAUCGGUGCGAUACCAACCUGCCUAUGCCCGAAUCAACACUCGCCAGCCAAUCAGCCGUGCCGCGGCCAUCCGUCAAGCCCGCAGUCGCCACUUCUCUACCCGAGCAGCCGGCGCCUUCGCCUCUGCGAUUAGAUCCGGACUAGGAGCUGAUACCACCGCACGUACCACCUCUCGCAUCGUAUCUAAUAUCAGUCGAGUCAGCAGCCGUGCACCUUUCGCUUCUACUCUCCGUCCCAAUCUGACCGGUGGUACCCUCGGUCGGACUGCAGGAGGAUACGCUGUUGGAGCUGGCCGUUUUGGUGGAGCUAGAUACUUUUCACAUGGACCUGCCGCACCAGCACAAGUUAUUCAGAAUGUGUCGCAGGGUGUACGUGCCUUCUUUCUGUCUGGGCAGAAAGUCCGCUUCGACGGCAUCGACCCUCGCACUGGGGAGAAGCGGUAUAAGUCAGUCAGCACGCUGCAGGACCAGGCGGAGCGCAAGAUGAAUGCCAACAUGCACAACGCACCUGGCUCAUACAUUGACUUUCGAGUUUCCCCAACCAUCACUGCACUCAGUACUGUUGGUGGUGUCGGCCGCUCUGGCUCGUGCGAUUCUCUGAACUCCGAGGGUCUUAUGGAUCUUCUUUCUGCCGAUUUUGCCCGUGCUUUGAAGGACUUCUCUGCGGUCAUGAACGACCUCAAACGUCUCUCGUCACUUGGUGAUCUUCCGAUCUCCCUUCACGACCGAUCGACGAUACGGGUGCGCUUCCCGGGCUGUGAUAUGGAAACUGUAGAGCAACUGUGUUGUGAGGCCGGGAUUCAGCGAGGCCGAGUUGUGCAGGAUGAAGACUUCGAUAUCCGCAAUGGCGCUGAUCUAGCUCUUUUGUUCCCUUUUGCACCUAGUAUUGCCACUUCCUCCGACACUGACUAUUACUUCACCAAAGGCCCCGAGUCACAUGCACAGUAUCCAGCGGAUGUUGACUGGAAAGGGAUGAUGACACCAGAAGGCUGCACGCCGUCAUCGCCAGGUGAUACUCGGGAUUCGGGCAAUGCCAUCAGUUUCGAGGACAGUGACCUAUUUGGUGCCAAUCCAUGGAGAUAUUCCACCAAGAGCUACUCUAGUAUUAACAUCAGUGAGCUUGGUGAUCAACCUUUCUUUCCGGAAAUCUCCAGCUCUGGCCAACCCGAGAGUAACUCUGCAUAUGAAGGUGUCGAGGGGAUCUACAAGUUCUUAGCUGAGUGCGAUCAAGCCAAGCGUUAA